AUGAAAGAACGCACAGACAUUCUUGUAAGGCACGGAAUUUGUUUCAAGUGUUGCAAUUCUAUUGAGCACUUUUCAAGGAACUGUAAUGAGAAAGUAACAUGUUCAGUCUGUGCAAGUGAUGCACAUCCGUCGGCGCUUCAUGUUGACCUUGGGAGCCCUCAAGGCGGGGAGAGAAGACAAGAUCCAGAGACAAAAGCUACAGUAAAUAACAAGUGUGCGCAGAUUUGUGGUGGUAUUCAAGGAGGAAAGUCGUGUUCAAAAACAAUUCUGGUUAAUGUGUAUCCACAAGGAGAACCUAAUAACUUUGUGAAAACUUACGCUUUGAUUGAUGAUCAAAGUAAUUGCUCAUUAGCCAAAAGUGAACUCUUUGAGAUGUUAAACAUUAACUCUGAGACAAAGGAUUAUCAGUUACAAACAUGUUCAGGAGUAAAAACUAUGACCAGCAGGAUUGCCAAAAAUCUUGUUGUAACAUCACUGGAUGGACGCACAAAGCAUUUGUUGCCCCCUAUUGUGGAAUGUGAUCACAUACCAAACAAUCGUGACGAGAUUGCAACGCCAGCCUUGGCAAGAAGGUUUCAACACCUUUCAGAUAUAGCUUGUCACAUUCCUGAACUAGACUCUAAAGCAAAGAUAUUGCUUCUUAUCGGCCGUGAUUUGAUUGUUGCACACCAUGUCCAUGACCAAAGAAUUAGCCAUAAUGCUCCAUAUGCCCAGAAGUUGAGUCUUGGUUGGACGAUCAUUGGUGAGACAUGCUUGAACAAGGUACACCUACCAGCGAAAGUUUCAGUGAACAAAACAUACCUGCAUGACAAUUUUAGGCCUUCUAUCUUGCAGCCCUGUAACAACUCACUCACUGUUAAGGAUCCUUGCAUCGACCAGGAACAGUUUUCCUCUGUGUUCGACAGAACGCCAAAUGAUGAUAAGCCAGGACCUUCUCAGGAGGACAUUGUUUUCCUCGAUAUUAUGGAAAGUGAGUUCCAUCGCAACCAAGUGGGAGAAUGGACAGCUCCCCUCCCUUUUAAGCCUGGACGACCAAGACUUCCAAACAAUUACACUCAAGCAGUCAAGAGAGCCAAAAAUCUAGACUCCAAUCUCAGGAAGAAUCCUACAAAGAUGGAUCAUGCCCUAACUUUCAUGGAAGGGAUCUUUAGCAAAGGACAUGCUGAAAUAGCCCCACCUUUACAUUGUAAAGAUGAGUGUUGGUACUUGCCAAUAUUUGCCAUUUAUCAUCCUAAAAAGCCAGGAAAAAUCAGGAUGGUCUUUGACUCCUCAGCUUCCUACGAUGGAAUUUCAUUGAACUUUGUUCUGUUAUCUGGACCGGAUUUGACCAAUAACUUGUUCGGCGUGCUUCUUCGAUUUCGCAAAGAGAGAGUCGCAGUCAUGGCAGACAUAGAACAAAUGUUUUAUUGUUUCCGUGUUAUCAUCAAAACUACUUGCGUUUUCCGUGUUCCAGUUGCGGAGCAAGCCGUCAAGCUUAUCAGAAAGACUCAGGAAACCUUGAUGGAAGGCGGGAAGCUCAGAUUACACAAAGUAGUCUCCAACUCACAGGAAGUGAUGAGUGCAUUUGACGAAGGAGAAAGAGCUAAAGACUUGAAAUACAUUGAUUUGCGACUGGAUGAAGCACCCUUACAGAAGAGUCUAGGACUGACCUGGGACUUACAGACUGAUUCCUUUAAGGUGGAUGUGUCCCUUGAGCGGAAGCCAUUUACAAAGCGUGGAAUGCUGUCCACAUUAAACAGCCUAUAUGACCCCAUCGGUUUCAUCAGUCCAGUAACGCUGAAAGGAAAGAUAUUGUUUCGUAAGGCCCUGACUUCACCGUCUGACUGGGACUAUCCUCUUCCAUCUGAGUUUGAGGACGAAUGGCGGAAUUGGUUUGAUUCACUUGAGGAAUUGGCCCACAUUAGCAUCCCUAGACCAUAUACAUCGUCAGGCCUGCACGACGCUUCUGGAGUGGAAGUACACGUUUUCUGGGACGCCUCGGAGAUUGCUGUCUCUGCAGUUGCUUACCUUAAGGUAGUUGAAAUGGAUCAUACAGAAAUUGGAUUCGUGCUUGGGAAAUCCAAGUUGGCCCCAGCACAUCGACACACAGUUCCCCGACUAGAACUGUGCGCAGCCGUGCUCGCAAGUAAAAUUGCAAACAUAGUGACAGAUAAUUUAGACUCAAGGAUUGACCAUUUACAGUUCUAUUCGGAUAGUCGCAUAGUAUAA